AUGUCCGGCGGGACGGGGCAGCGCGUUCCAGAGGGCGCGCGCCUCGGCGACUUGAAGCCACCGAUGGUCAAAGCCGUUGGCGGCGGCGCCUUCUCUCUCUUGGCGGUCCAUGGCAAGGGCAUUGGAGAAGGUUUGGAGGAGGAGAUGGCGAGGGCGCUGGUUGGAAUACGUGUAAUUGUGAGUCUUCUCUCCCUUAUCCUCUCCCUCUCCCUUAUCCGUUCCCUCCCCUUGAGAGUCGCCGGAGUGCUCCCGGCGCCGCUCCUAUCUUCCUCUGCCGACCAUGCCGGUUGGAGAAGAGAUGGAGUUGGCUGCUGGGCGUCCCUGUAUAGAGUAGGUUUGCUGGCUCUCGCUAUAGUUGUAGGUGUAGGAGUAGUUGUGUGCGCCUCCGUGGCGUAUGGUGAGAUGCCGCUGGGCCUCUUCCGCUCGGUGCCGCCGCUCGGCGCCUGCAUGCCUUCCUUGCUGACCUUCGUCGAGCUCCCAAGGUGGGAGAUUCAUGGAGGAACUGCCAAGGUUGGAGACCUCAAGAAUAAGAGCGAUGGUCAGCGUUGGAGCUCGGGAUGUGUAGCGGUGAUUCCUCUUCUGGCCGGCCGAGGCGGCGAGGGGAAGUGGAGGAGCUGCAGCGUCUCCCGCAGUGCCAAAGUCCGGCAUGGAGGUGGCCUUGGGCUGCCUCGGAGCUUUCUCUCGAGAUGCUACUGUGUAUUUCUAUCUCUUCCGACCGGCCGUGGAGGCGAGGGGAGGAGACGAUGCGCCCGGUUCUCUGCAGAUGGGAUGUGGGAAGCAAUUUUCUUGAGCAGAUCCAAGGCCACUCCAUGGCCUAUCCAAUUGCCGGCGAUGGAUUCCGGCGAAUCAACCUCCUUUGCGAGGCCCUUCCUGAGGUUUGCAGUCGCAUACUACGGCUGCGUAGAGGCAAGUGGUUCCGUCCCCGCCUCUUCGCAUGACGGUGGCGUAGCAGACCUCUGGCUCGACGGUGGGGAAAGAGAAGGACCUGAUUGCGUUUUAUCAUCUCUUAGUGAGAUCUUUUCUGCAAAUGCUAGGGACCUAUAUGUGUAUUUACAUCUUAUGGGGUCCUUUAUAAUAUUUUGUACCUCAUCUGUUUUGAUUUAA